AUGCAGUUCUUCUCUUUUGCCCUCGUAUUUGCCAGUGCUGUCAUGCUUUCGCAGAUUCACGCGGCCCCAACCGCAAGCGGCCUUUCAUCAGCCAACACGUACACGCAAGACUCCCAUGUCUUAAAACGAGCGGCAUCAAACUCCAACACCAUGGACGGUAACUCAACCGGUGGAGAUACUAAUGAGCUACCAGAAAAGACCGCACUCACUACAACCCCCGAUAGACUUAUGCCAUCGACCAGUGUCGUUCCCACCGACUCGUCCCCAAAGAGCACUGCUGUUGACCCUGCAAGCGAAGCUAAGAUCAAGGCGGCCAAGGACGCUAUCACCGAGCAAAAGAAAACUACCAAGGCUCAAUGGCGCAAGUUCAAAGAUGAGGAGGAAAAGUUACAAAAGAUGAUCAAUGACUAUGUUGUUUUGGAGAUGAAAUCGUUCAAGCCCGCAACAAUGGGUCCCAUUUGA